AUGGAAAUAGACGAUUUGGCGGACACGAGAGACACCGUUGACACUGUGGUGGCCGAGUUCGAGAAUCUGGAUUCACGCGUUGGACAGACGGACUUCAGCAAUUUGCGGAGCUGGUCCGAACCGAGCACCGCUUCCGUCGCCGCACACUUUGAUGGCACCGAGGCAAGCGAUUCACGGAUUCCAUUGCACAAACGAAAAUGGUCGACGGGAGUGGCCGCUGUGGAUGCGAGUGCGAGGAAACAGAUGAAAGCUGAAAGCACUUCUGCGAUGGAGACAGCCAAUCGGAUGAUGGUCGAUGACGGGGAAACGAGCGAGGAAAUCGCUGUGAGUGAUGAAGAUCAACACCGGGCACACGAUUGGAUACAUUCGUUUAAGGCAAUGUCUUUGACUCAACAGAGCUUUGCCAUUCAAAGCCUCGUCCGAGCACUCUCCGAUCCACAAGUUCGAUCAAUGAGGCAUCUCAUCGAACCAUUGUUCCAGAAGGAUUUCCUGUCACAGUUGCCAGAGGAGAUUGCGUUUCACGUAAUCGCCUAUCUGACACCAUGCGAUUUGACGGCUUGUGCUGGCGUUUCGCGGACGUGGCAGCGACUUUGUGAAGAUGAUCGGACGUGGCGACGGAAGUGUUUGGAUAACGGAUAUGUGAAACCUGAUGCACCAAGCUUUCGUUUUCUCGGAGGUUGGGCGGCCAAUCGAGCGAAUGAGCAAGCGGGAAUCACAAUCUUCUCACAUAUGGACCUUCAAGAAGCACAUCAGAAUCGACGAGAACGCGAGAUCGCAUAUGGACAAUGUUAUGAGCGGUCGUCGUGGAAGUCGUUGUACUUGCGGAAGAAGCGAAUCAUUUCGAAUUGGCGAUCCCGAGCGAUUCAAUCAAGCACUGUUCUUAAGGGCCACGAUGAACAUGUGAUCACUUGUCUACAAAUUCACUCUGGUCGUAUCGUUACUGGUUCAGAUGAUAAUACGUUGCGGGUUUGGAAUGUUGAUGAUGCUCAACCGGCUUUCACUCUGACUGGCCAUAUGGGUGGUGUUUGGACGUCUCAAGUGAGCGAUGAUGGUAAAUACAUUGUCAGUGGCUCGACUGAUCGAACGGUGCGCGUUUGGUGUGGUCAAACCGGUGUACAGCGUCAUGUUCUGCAGGGUCAUACGAGUACUGUUCGGUGCAUGAGUCUACAUGGCACAACUCUUGUUUCUGGGUCGCGCGAUCAAACUCUCCGAGUCUGGGACAUUGUCGACGGGAAAUGCCUUCACAUUUUGACUGGCCACUUGGCGGCGGUGCGUUGUGUGCAAUUUGAUGGAAAACGGGUUGUGUCUGGUGCCUAUGAUUUUACUGUAAAGGUUUGGAAUGUACACACAGAGGAGUGUUUGCACACGCUGACAGGUCACACGAAUCGAGUCUAUUCGCUUUUGUUUGAACCAGAGCGCGAUCUUGUUGUCUCGGGAAGUCUUGAUACAACGAUUCGCGUCUGGGAUGUGCGAAGAGGAAGAUGCAUCGCAAUUCUUGUCGGUCACCAAAGUCUCACCUCUGGGAUGCAGCUUCGGGGAAACAUUUUGGUCUCGUGUAAUGCCGACUCGGACGUGCGGGUUUGGGACAUUCGUGACGGUGGCUCGUGCACUCACCACUUGCAUGGCGUAAAUGGUCAUACGUCGGCCAUCACUUCCUUGCAAUUGCUCGACUCGGGACUUUUGGCAACAAGUUCGGAUGAUGGCUCGGUGAAGCUUUGGGAUGUGGAUAAAGGUAUUUUCGUCCGUGACCUCGUUCGUCUUCAAUCGGGUGGAUCUGGCGGUUGCAUUUGGCGUCUUAAAGCCACCGAAACAUUGCUCGUCUGUGCAGUUGGAUCACGAAACGGAACCGAGGACACAAAGCUGAUCUUGAUCGAUUUUGAUGCAGCAUAUCCA